AUGCCUGCGACCACUUUCCCACCAGCUCCUCACCAUCAGCCUCCUCCGCCUACUGAGGAAAAUCUGAACUGGGCCGCAUUGCCCAUCGUCGACUUGGCCAAGACGGCCACAUCUGAAGAGAGGGCAGCACUUGCAAUCCAAGUUCGGGAUGCUAUGCGCACGUUCGGAUUCAUGUACAUCAUCAACCAUGGCCUAACUCAACCUCAGAACGAGCGAAUCUUUGAUAUCGCAGACGUGCCCUUUUCACAGAUGGUCGAAGAAGAGAAAAUUCUGUAUUCGAGCAAGAUCGAGGAGACCGGCUCCUACAAAGGCUUCAAGCCCCUCUUCGAGCAGCAGAGCCAUCCGAAAGUACUCGAACCAUUCCUUCCAGAGCUCCGUGCCUUUGCGGAGCAUAAUCAUUUCAAGGUACUGCAUCCCAUUCUGAGACUACUCGCCAUUGGCUUGGAGUUGCCCGAAGAAACGUUUGUGAAGAUGCACGAUAUCUGUGCCACAGGUCCUGGGUUUGUACGUUUCAUGAAAUACUACCCUCGCUCCGAAGAAGACGAGGCCAAGUCCAAGAAUGUAUGGUUCAAGGGACAUACUGAUAUUGGCACCAUCACGAUCCUUUGGAGUCAGCCAAUUUCGGGGCUCCAGAUCAUGACUCCCGAUGGUCAAUGGCGUUGGGUUCGUCAUAUAGACAAUGCCCUAGUCAUCAACAUUGGAGACGCGAUGGAAAUGCUGUCCGGGGGUUACUAUAAGGCGACAAUCCAUCGCGUUGUUCAGCCGCCUCCUGACCAGCGGGGUUACGAACGCCUCGGAGCUUUCUACUUCGCCAUGGCUAACGACGACGUGAUGCUCGUCCCUUUGUCACAAAGUCCCGUUUUGCAGCGUGAAGGAAUUACCAGGAAGAUUCAGGAUAAGGACGCACCGACGAUGGUUCAAUGGCGCAAGGGAGCCAUCAAAUCGUAUGGCUACGUCGAACUUCAGCGUAAGGAUGACGUUAUCGAAGAGGAAGUUGUCGAGGGUAUCACUGUGAAGCAUUACAACUAG